GUGAGAGAGUCGUCGAGCCAAGGACGCGCGUUCUCAGUGUCACUCCGCAGACUCAGAGAAUAGAGACCAGAAACGAUGGUGCUUUCGGAGGAGGAAAUGUCAAGGCUUUACAGAGUCAGAAAGACGGUUAUGCUAAUGCUGAGGGACAGGGGUUACCUUGUUGGUGACUUCGAGAUCAAUAUGUCCAAACUCGAGUUCAAGAAUAAGUACGGUGAAAACAUGAAGAGGGAAGACCUUGUUAUCAAUAAAACUAAGAAAGAUAAUUCCACUGAUCAGAUCUAUGUUUUCUUUCCCGACGAGCCUAAGGUUGGCGUUAAGACCAUGAAGACGUACACCAACCGCAUGAAUUCAGAGAACGUUUUCAGGGCUAUCAUGGUUGCUCAACAGAAUUUAACAUCCUUUGCAAGAACUUGUGUCAGUGAAAUAUCUUCAAAAUUUCACUUGGAGGUUUUUCAGGAGGCAGAACUGCUGGUCAACAUAAAAGAGCAUGUUCUUGUGCCGGAACAUCAAAUACUGACUGAUGCAGAAAAGAAAACUUUGCUUGAGAGAUAUACUGUCAAAGAAACUCAGCUACCUAGAAUCCAGGUGACUGACCCUGUUUCAAGAUAUUAUGGACUGAAGCGUGGUCAAGUUGUGAAGAUAAUCCGGCCAAGUGAGACUGCAGGCAGAUAUGUUACCUACCGAUUUGUUGUUUAAGAACUUCCUUGAACUUAGUGAUUUUAUAAUACUCUUGCAAUGUGUUACCCGCUGGGGUGAUGGUAAGAAGCAUGGACAAGGAUACACAGCCUUGUUUUGUAACGGGUGAACUCGUUGUUUUACAACAGGAUAAUUGUGUUAUUUUUGGAACUUUGGAAUCAAAAUUUUCAUUUUAU